GCAGGCGGUUCGCUGGACUGUACACAUACACAGAGUGAGGGCCAGUCAUGGCACCUGUCCUGUACGGGCUGGGCGCUCUCCUGCUUCUAAUGACCGGGGCUCCGGGCAGAGAGCUCACCGGAAGUUGGGGAGGGGGCAUAGCAGAGGCCACUUUAUACCAACCAUUCCUGAGCCCGGAGCUGGGCAGGCAGGCAGGGCCCGGGACAGCAGGCUGCACUCACCGGAACCAGGAGUCCGACUCCGCCUGGGACUUGGAGGACUGCGAUUCCGCAUUUUUCACGUUCCGCGAACUAGACUGUGAACCGAGAGGAUCACCAGCCUGUGAAUCCAUCAUAUCACUUAACACAGAAAAGAUUUUGAGCCAAGCAAAGACUCUGGCUGAACAGAAGAGGCUUCCAUUCAUCACAGACGAUGAUGACACAAAUGAGGAAUUAGCUAUUGGAUAUGUGUUAAUUGGCAGUGGCCUGCAUGAUGAAGCAAUUAAACAUUUUUCAUCCCUUCUUCAGGAAGAUGGUGAUCUUGUAAGUGCUAUUUAUGGCCGUGGAAUAGCUUAUGGCAAGAAAGGGUUGCAUGAUAUUAAAAAUGCAGAACUUGCUUUAUUUGAUCUCAGCCGCGUAAUCAGCUUGGAACCUAAUCACCCGGAAGUAUUUGAACAAAGAGCAGAAAUUUUGUCACCUUUGGGUCGAAUCAGUGAAGCUUUGAAUGAUCUCAGCAGAGCUAUUCAGUUACAGCCAUCCCCCAGGCUGUACAGGCACAGAGGCACUCUGCACUUUAUAUCAGAGGAUUAUGUUGCAGCAAAUGAAGACUUUCAGCAUUCCCUUGAUCUGAAUGAAAACCAGCCAAUUGCUGUCUUAUACAAAGGAUUAACUUUUUUCCACAGGGGUCUACUAAAGGAAGCCAUUGAAACAUUUAAAGAAGCCUUGAAGCUAAAGUCAAACUUUAUUGAGGCUUAUAAAAGCCUUGGCCAGGCCUACAGAGAGCUUGGCAACUUUGAGGCAGCAAUGGAGAACUUCCAGAAAGCACUGAUGCUGGAUCAGAAUCAUGUACAGACCCUACAGCUAAGAGGAAUGAUGCUGUAUCACCAUGGGAGUCUGCACGAGGCCCUCACUAACUUUAAGAGAUGCCUGCAGCUCGAGCCAUACAAUGAAGUGUGUCAGUAUAUGAAGGGCCUGAGUCAUGUCUCCAUGGGCCAUUUUUAUGAAGGGAUAAAAGCUCAGACUAAGGUCAUGUUAAAUGACCCUCUGCCAGGGCAGAAAGCAAGCCAAGAAUACUUGAAAGUGAAGUACUUAAGAGAAUACUCUCGCUAUUUACAUGCACACCUGGAUACUCCAGUUACAGAAUACAACAUUGAUGUUGACCUGCCUGGAAAUUUUAAGGAUCAUUGGGCAAAAAAUCUGCCAUUUUUAAUAGAGGACUAUGAAGAGCAACCAGGACUGCAGCCACAUAUAAAGGAUGUUCUGCCUCAAAAUUUUGAAAGCUACAAGCCAGAGAUACAGGAGCUUGUGUGUGUAGCAGAUCGUCUUGGUUUUCUAAUGCAAUAUGAAACGUCAGGAUUCCUGCCAAACAAGAGAAUUCAUAGAGCAAUGGGCCUGGCUGCCCUUGAAGUCAUGCAAUCUGUGCAGAAGACUUGGACAAACUCAAAAGUGCGAAUCAAUGGGAAAACCAGACUGAUGCAGUGGAGAGACAUGUUUGAUAUUGCAGUAAAAUGGAGAAGGAUUUCUGAUCCAGACCAGCCUGUGUUGUGGUUAGAUCAAAUGCCUGCUCAAAGUCUUAUCAGAGGAUUCAACAAUCACAUCAACCUUAUCAGGGGCCAAGUCAUCAAUAUGCGAUACCUAGAAUAUUUUGAGAAGAUACUUCGCUUUAUAAAGGACCGAAUCCUUGUUUAUCAUAGUGCCAACAAUCCAAGAGGACUUUUGGAAGUUAAGGAAGCUCUAGAAAAAGUUUACAGAGUGGAAGAUCUCUUACCAAUAAUGAAGCAGUUUAACAGCAAAACAAGAGAUGGGUUCACAGUGAACACAAAAGUCCCCAGCCUCAAAGAUCAAGGGAAAGAAUAUGAUGGAUUCACAAUUACUAUAACAGGAGAUAAAGUUGGCAACAUCCUGUUUUCUGUAGAGACACAAACAACAGAGGAUCGAACACAAUUGUACCAUGCGGAGAUUGAAGCAUUGUAUAAGGAUCUUACUACUAAAGGAAAAGUGCUAGCCCUAUCCUCAGAACUGGGAGAAGCAGAUGUUGUGUGUGAGCUGAUUCUGUCAUUGGUGUAUUAUUUCUACAAUCUAAUGCCUCUCUCUAGAGGAUCCAGUGUUGCAGCAUAUUCUGUAAUAAUGGGAGCUUUGAUGGCUAGUGGUAAAGAGGUGACUGGGAAAAUUCCCAAGGGCAAGCUGGUUGAUUUUGAGGCAAUGACUGCACCCGGAGCAGAGGCUUUUACAAAGAGUGCAAAAAGCUGGAUGAAUUUUAAAAGUUUGCCUUCCUCAUACAAGAAUCUUCCAUCGGUUUCUGAAACAUUCCCAACACUGAGAACAAUGAUUGAAGUGCUGAACACAGACUCCUCUCCUCACUGUUUGAAGACUUUUUGACAGGGGAUAUAUUUAAGCAAGCAAUUGGCUGGGACUUUGCUUAUUAAGUUAUUUUUUGCAACAAAAAGUGAAAUUGUGAACAAAGCCGGUCCUAUUACCACUUGAUUUUUAAUUUACAUGCAAAAAAACUUGAACUGUUGCCAGUAGUUUUUAUUCUGUCACCAACCCAUAAAGCAGUCGGACAAACCAGAACAACAUUUCUGAACCGUAAUGUGAAGUGAACAAAAAAAUGCAUCAUGCCCUGAUUUAAUACUGUUUUUUCUUUGUAUUUCUUUAUAAGAUUGGGGUUCUAACUUAUUUUAAGGUUUGGUUUUUUUUUUGGUGAAGGGUAAGGAAGUAUGUAAUAAAACAAUAUAUUUGCAUGUUUACAAUCAUGAGCAAAGAUGAUCAAAUGGAGAGGUGCCAAUUACUUGCAUUGUAAAUGGGCUGUGACACAUUCAAACACUGUAACUAGUUUGUUUUAGAAUAAUUAUUAGGAGUAUCAACUCCUGGAAUUUGAGAGAACCUUAUGAAAUGACAAUAAAAGUUACAAUACAU